AAAUUCCAGCCUCCUCCCCCCUUGCCCUUAUCCCUAAUCAAAGGGCGGUCCAGCCCCCUGCGGGGAAUUCCUGGACAGCUGGCCCUUUAAAUCCCAGAGCCAAACUUUUUGGGCUGACAGAGGGAGGGAUGGGGAGGAGGGGCCAGGGACUUAACCCUCCCAACCCCGAGAGGGGCCAGACUGGGCGUAGGCUCCUGAUCUUCGGGAUCCCGCUCCUGCCUCCCUUCCUGUCAUGGCCCCCUCAAACUGGGGCUGACCUUCUGCUGGGCCUGGCCAGGUGAAAGGAGGGGGUGCUUGAGGAGGAUUUGGUGGCGGACUGAAGGGGGCCCUGCCCCAGCAGAGCGGAGCUGGCCACGACUGAGGACCCUCCCGGGGCCCAAGGAUCCCCCUAAAGAAUGCCCAUCCUGAAACAGCUGGGCCCGGCCCUGCCCAAAAAGCGUUUGGACCGAGAUGCCAUCUCAGCUCCGCUGGGUGACUUUCGGCACACCAUGCAUGUGGGACGUGGGGGCGAUGCCUUUGGGGACACGUCCUUCCUGAGUCGCCACGGCGGCGGGGGCCCCACCCCGUCCCCUGGCCCCUCCCCAGCCCCCUCUGUUGCUCCGUCCCCAGCCCGCCCAGCCCUGCCACCCCCCACCGCUCCCCAGCCCCCACGGCCCUCGGAAAGCCAGUCCGACUCCCGACCGGCCGCUGCAGACCCUUUUCUGUCCUUUCACUUGGAUCUGGGGCCCUCCCUCCUAGAGGAGGUGCUAGGGGUGAUGGAUCGCGGCGCCCUGGCAGACGCAGGAGCUGCCCCGAGUGCCCCCAACGGCGGGCUGCUGACCUCCCGGUCGGGCUUCGGCUCCGAGGAGGACCUGGAUGAAGUUAUCGGUCUGUAGAGGUGCCCACAGGGGCUGGCCGUGUCGCCCGGGACCCAGGCCAGGGGCCUGACUUGGCCUUGCCUUAUACCAGAAGUUUUUAUGCGAAGCCCCCUGUAUAGCACCCUUCUUCCUCUCCCUCCUCCCCCCCCCUCCAUGCCUAGCCAAUCCCCCCCCCCAAAAAAAAUCUUUAUAUAUAAAGACAUAUCAACCAUUUA